AUGCGCUUGAACACGGCUUUCGUAUGUGCUCAAUGCACUGCGCGGACUGCCUACAGGCCUCUACGACAUAAGAAAUUUGUAUCACAGUUCAUUUCGCCGCGCCGUUUCAACAGCCAUGUCACGCAAACUGGCGGACCAGUUCGUGUUGCUAUCGUGGGCUCUGGCCCAGCAGGGUUCUACGCUGCCUAUCGACUGCUGGCUAAACACGAAGGUGCAAUAGUUGACAUGUAUGAGAAGCUACCCGUGCCAUUUGGUCUUGCUCGGUAUGGUGUUGCGCCGGAUCAUCCCGAAGUCAAGAACUGUGAGGAUAAAUUCACAGAAGUAGCCACCUCUCCACGCUUCAACUUCGUCGGGAAUAUCGACCUCGGCAACGAUCUCCCGCUUUCCGCACUCAAACCUCACUACGAUGCCAUUCUGUUCGCCUACGGAGCCGCAAAGGAUAAGGAGCUAGGAAUUCCCGGCGAGCAAGCACUGAAGAGCGUACACUCCGCCCGCGCCUUCGUAGGGUGGUACAAUGGUCUCCCCGAACACCGGAAUCUCGAUCCCGACCUAACGAGUGGGGAGGAUGCUGUGAUUGUCGGGCAGGGCAAUGUUGCACUAGACGUUGCCCGUAUUCUUCUUUCGGAUGUCGAUGCACUCCGUAAGACCGAUAUCGCAGACUAUGCGCUCGAGAAGCUUGCUACAAGUCGCAUUAAACGAGUGCGAGUUGUUGGGCGUCGCGGACCGCUCCAGGCUGCAUUCACCAUCAAGGAGGUCCGUGAGAUGCUUCAACUUCCUGGUGUCUCAUUCGAUCCGAUCCCGAAGGAUGUCUUUCCGCCCGACGAUGUAGUCUCGGCAUUGCCCCGGGCGCAGAAGCGUCUAAUGCAGCUUUUGGCUAAGGGGUCAGCCAACGAUCCUCGGGGAUGUCCCAAGUCGUGGUCUUUAGACUUUUUACUUGCACCCGACUCACUAUGCUGGUCCCCAGAGUAUCCUUACCAUCUGUCUCAUGCGAGAUUUUCUCGCAAUGAACUCGAUCCUUCCGAUCCUCAUAGCCCCAGUUCGAAGGUGUUCCCCAAGCACUUAUCGAGUGGAAAGCGUGCGCAGGUUAAUCUCCCUGCCAGCGUGUUCUUCCGCAGUGUUGGCUAUAAAUCACUUCCUCUCCCCGGGCUAGAGGAUCUCGGUAUUGACUUCGAUGCCGAACGCGGAAUCAUUCCGAACGAUGGUUUCGGUCGCGUAACAAGUCUUUCAGGUAAGGGAGCAUCCGAGAAACUACCAGAUGGAUCUCAGAUCUCCACCUUGCCUGGUUUAUAUUGUGCUGGUUGGGUCAAGCGGGGUCCUACGGGAGUAAUCGCUUCAACCAUGACCGACGCCUUUACUACCGCCGACAACCUAGCCCAGGAUUUAGCAAAGCGUGCUGGGUCUCAGUCCUUGCUUCAUGCACCUGAACAAGGCAGUGGGCUCGGCUGGGAUGGAGUUAAGGCCGAGGCUGAACGCCGCGGUCUCCGGCCUACAUCCUGGAAGGACUGGUUGAAGAUCGAUGCCGCUGAGAAAGAACGUGGUCAAGAAAAGGGCAAGCCCCGGAGUAAACUUGGCCGUGUAGAAGAAAUGCUGGAGGUGCUUGAUUGA